GUGUGUGAUAUUAAGUAUCAAAAUAUCCCCUGAAAAGGCAAACAAUAUCUUUUAUCUUCUUUACAAUAAUCCAUCUUCUUCCCAUAACAUUAACACCCAAGAAAUGGACGGUUCAGAAGGAGAAGAAGCUCGAAAUCGAAAUCCCGACGAAAAUUUCCUAGUAAUUAGAGACGACUAUUUUGUUCAUCAUGAAUCCCCUGUUUUCCCCCCAUUCAGCACGAAGAUUUUCCAGUGGUAACUGUUGAGAAUCAGAUAGCCUCCAGCGAAUCGGAAUCAUCAGAAUCAUCCACUCCGGAGAGUUCGGAUAUGCGACUGAGAGCCGUUGUGGUAGAAGCUAUUAUGAGGGGUUGUGAGGUGGUUAAAGCGAAGGUGGUUUCUGGAAUUGUUGGAUUUGGAUGGUAUGGUGUGAGAUUAUGGUCUAUUUUCGGGGCUACGGCAAUGGCGGGUUUGUUGAUUGUAUUGUUGUUUUUGUUAAAGAUGAAGGUGUGGCUGCCAUGGCGGCCACGAGGUUUGGCUGUCCGUAGGGAUAGGGAGGAGCCUUUGGUUCUUCUCCUUAAACACAAGGAUGAGAAAAUCAAUGAACUCUUGGUUCAAAUUGCCCAAAUGAAUGAAACACUCUCAGCUCGUCGAAAGGUCCCUGUUGUCAGAAUUAAAUGACAAAUACAACCUCUAAAAUGGUUCAAUUCCUUGGAGGAGUUGGUCAAUUUUUGAUGGCAUUGAGUUUAUAAUGUGUCCUUUGCAAAAGGAAAGUAUAUAUUGAAACUUGUAAUCUCAGUUUGUACAUUUACUUUUCUUUCAUACAUCUUAUAUGUGUCUAUAUGUAACAUCCAAAUACUAUACAUUUAUAAAUUAACAACAUUAUUAUACCUUUC